UUAGGUUAUCGGCCAGCACAUGACGACAGAGAGACUCAUUGACUAUUGGGUAAUGGUUGCUUAGCGGUUAAUUGUUGACUCUUACAACUUCCCAAUCCCACUUUGGCAUUUCUUCAAACACCUCUCUCUCAAUCUUUCACAUUGUCUCAAAUUCCCAAACAAACACCUCUUCUCCAAUCUCCAAUCGAUCCACAGUAAUCGCAUUUUGAGCUCCGAUGGCCGGAGAACCACCGCCGGAGAUCCAAAUCAAGGUCCGCUCACAGCGGAGCGGCAACGUGAUCCACCCUGCCGAUGUAGAGUCGCCGCCUCCUCCGGCUUCGGCGGUGAAGACGACUCAGAAUUCGAUAGUGUACCAAGAAAUCAAACAAUCGAAGAAGUGGUUUUCAUGGUUGAUACCUUCGUUUGUGGUGGCUAAUAUUGUGAUGUUUGUAAUCACCAUGUUCGUCAAUGAUUGCCCGAAGAGCUCCGGUUCUUGCGUUGCUGGGUUUUUAGGGAGGUUCUCGUUUCAGCCCUUUAAAGAAAACCCUCUUCUUGGUCCUUCCUCAUCUACGUUACAGAAGAUGGGUGCAUUAGAUGUGAGUAAAGUGGUCCACGGACACCAGCAGUGGCGCCUUAUCACUUGCAUUUGGCUACACGCUGGAGUUUUUCAUUUGCUGGCCAAUAUGUUGAGUCUUGUAGUUAUUGGCAUUCGACUUGAGCAAGAGUUUGGUUUUGUGCGGAUUGGGUUGCUAUAUCUCAUCUCUGGUUUUGGUGGAAGCUUGUUGUCAGGUCUUUUUAUCCAGUAUAGUAUCUCUGUUGGUGCUUCUGGUGCACUUUUUGGAUUAUUGGGAGGCAUGCUUUCUGAACUCAUCACUAAUUGGACUAUUUAUGCUAAUAAGGUAGCAGCAUUGGUGACCCUCGUGAUCAUCAUCGUAAUCAAUCUAGCAGUGGGGAUCCUCCCACAUGUGGACAACUUCGCUCAUAUUGGAGGAUUUUUUUCGGGUUUUCUUCUUGGGUUUGUGUUUUUAAUUCGCCCCCAGUUCGGAUGGGUUAGCCAAAGAUAUGCUCCUCCUGGAUCUUCAUCUCUUUCAACUAAAUCUAAAUUUAAGAUAUAUCAGUGCAUAUUGUGGAUUAUUUCUUUGAUCCUUCUGAUUGUUGGGUUUACAGUCGGCCUAGUUUUGCUUCUUCGUGGGGUUAAUGCAAAUGAUCGCUGUUCUUGGUGCCAUUAUUUGAGUUGCAUUCCUACUUCGAAGUGGAGUUGCAACUCACAGCCUGUGUCCUGCAUGUCUGAACAACUAGGCAACCAGGUAACCUUAACAUGCUCAAACACUGGCAAAAAUGUGACCUAUACAUUGGCAAAUCAUACCGCUUCUCAGUUGCAGAACCUAUGUUCUCAGCUCUGCAGCUGAUCAAUACAAAUUUCGUGGUUCUGUUAUGAGUUACUUAGAUGUAUAAAUUCAGAGACUGGAGUUUUCACAGAGCUGUUCAUUGUUUUCCGUUCAGUUGUUGUAUGGUUUUUUCCCAUGUAAAUUGACAUUGUCUCUUGAAAUAAAAGCUCUCAUUCUUUAGUUUGA